AUGUUCCUCCUUGAAAUUGGUCAAUUUUUCAGUCACCUUGAACAAAUGGGAUUCUUCGCCUUCCCCAAAAGUCUCUACGUCAAAGGAACGUUUUGCAAAGCCAGCGAACGACUUGUCAGCAUUACAAAUAUGCACACGCUGACCAUUCUACAAUUCCACACAGAAUGGCGUGCCGUCUUUUGCCCUUUUGUGAUUUACAAUCAGCAUUUCAGCCAACGCAAAGCUGCUCACUACCUAACCCAUGCCACAUCCUCAGUCCCCCAGACCGGGACGAACUCGUCCCAUCCACAACUGGUAAACCGGCGGGAAAUGGUUGCCGGAAGUACGGACAUACGGUACAUCUUACAGUUUCGAGUGUCGCGCGCCGAGCCACAAGGCAGAAGAAGAUGGUUUCCGGCAGCUCCAAUCGGCACAGCAGGAGGAGUUGCAGCUUGGUCGUUCGCGGGGCAGCAGCAGAAGCUUCGGGCCCCCACGGUUCGGAACGUGGAGCUCCAGCCUUCAGCCUUGGAGCUCAUCUGCCGCAACCUUCACGUAGCUCCUAGCGCGGCGUUAGGCUGGGAAAUCCGAAAGGCCAAUCCUGAGUUCCCAAACUUGGCAGAUGUUCGCUUCCUUUGGGCAUCCCAUCGGGAAAGGAAGUCGGAGCAGAGACUCGGGAGGAGCUCCGACCCGAAGCGGCCGAUCCACAGUGCCAUUGCCUGCCUCUCUUGGACCUGGGCAAGUAUGCAUGUAGUACGGAAGCAGCUGAGGGCCUAUUCCCGGCAACCACUUCGGGAUCUCUUGCCUCUGCCUUGCGAGGGUCGGUUCGGUCACGGGUGGACCGUUAUUGACCGUGGCAGGCGUAGAUCGUGGUGCAGCUGCCUUGGUCGUGAACCCUGGCCAAUCAUGAAGAUCCUGGUAAACUGCGUAGUUUCUUGCUGGAUUAUCAUCUUGAAGCAAGAUGUCGUCGUGUAUCUUGCGAUGGCCGAAAUGGCAAUGUCCCAAAGUGAGCAGUUUGGAAGUGGACAAGACCUCACCCUGAUGGGGGGGCUUUCAAAGUUCAAGGGCCAGGCCGACGAACCAGAUGAUGUGCCGUGGCUAAAAAUGGGACCCGUCCGCCCUUUCAAGUUCCGGACCACCAACGCCCACCCGUCCAUUGCACCAGAUUCUCCCGUCUGCUUACUUUGCCUCAGCUUCCAUUGGCUAGAAGCCAUCAAUCUCACUCUUCUGAGCUCUUCAUUGGUGAAUCUUGCCUGUGGCGGCUAUCCUCUUGGGCAGAAGGGGUGUGAAGGGAACUCGCCGGGCCUUGUUAGUGGGUGGUUCCCUCUGCGCAGCGAGUCACACUCAAUCUCCCCAUGCCCGCCCUCUACCUACCUGUGGCAUUCGUACAAAUCGUCCUACUGUGGUACAAGUCAGAAGGAGAAAGUGGAGGAAGGGGAAAGCGAAAAAAAGGGUCCCCCUGGUGCCUGGUCUGGUGCCACGCCCACCAUCCACGCCUACCGCGCAGUUCGUCUCUUUGCCCACGACUUCCAGCCCAAAUAUAAUGCAGCCCAGCCGCGUGUCGAUAACUCCACAUCCAACUUGCUCUCAGCCUCACUAUACCUCUUAUACAAAGCACGCGACCACCUCUCUACAACCACCUGA